AUGGCUUCGGACCAAGAGGCGGCCAACGCCCUCAAGCUACAAGGCAACAAGGCCUUUGCUCAGCACGACUGGCCCACUGCCAUCGAUUUCUACAACCAGGCGAUCGAGAAAUAUGAUAAGGAGCCGUCGUUCUUCUGCAACAGGGCUCAGGCACAAAUCAAACUUGAGGCUUUCGGAUACGCCGUCGCAGAUGCCACCAAAGCGCUAGAAUUGGACCCGAACUAUGUCAAGGCCUACUGGCGACGUGCCCUGGCCAAUACCGCUAUCCUCAGUUAUAAGGCCGCCCUGAAGGACUUCAAGGCCGUGGUGAAACGCGAACCAGGCAAUCAAAACGCCAAGCUGAAGCAGGCAGAAUGCGAGAAGCUUGUGCGCCGCAUAGAAUUCGAGAAAGCGAUUGAGGUCUCUGACCCGCCAUCUGCGUUUGAAGACCUGGAUAUUGCCUCUAUGAAAGUGGAAGAUAACUAUGACGGCGUGCGUCUCGGCGAGGAGAUGACACAGGAGUUUAUCGACGAUAUGAUUGAACGAUUCAAGAAUGGCAAGAACAUCCACCGCAAGUAUGUGUUCCAGAUCAUCAAAGCUGUGAAGGAUCUUGUCUAUAACGAGCCCACUAUGGUGGAAAUUGGUGUGGAUGCGGGUAAAAAAUUGACGGUUUGUGGCGAUACUCACGGCCAAUUCUUUGAUCUGCUGGAAAUCUUCCGUCGGAAUGGCAGCCCGUCCGAUACCCACGCCUACCUGUUCAAUGGCGACUUUGUCGACCGUGGCUCAUGGUCUUGUGAAAUUGCUUUGCUUCUCUACGCAUAUAAGUGGCUUCGACCCAACGGCUUGUUCCUCAACCGUGGUAACCACGAGACCGAUGAUAUGAACAAGGUUUAUGGUUUCGAGGGCGAGUGCAAGGCCAAGUAUAACGAGCGCGUGUUUAAGGUCUUCUCUGAGUCCUUCUCAGCCUUGCCGCUGGCAACUCUGAUUGGCGAGAAGUAUCUUGUUCUCCACGGUGGUCUCUUCUCCGAUGACAAGACAACAUUGGAUGACAUUCGGAAACUCAACCGCCACAACCAGCGGCAACCCGGCCAGCAGGGAUUGAUGAUGGAGAUGCUUUGGACUGACCCGCAACCUCAGCCCGGCCGUGGGCCCAGCAAGCGUGGUGUUGGUCUGCAGUUUGGCCCCGAUGUCACUAAGCGCUUCUGUGAGAACAAUGGUCUCGACGCCAUCAUCCGUUCGCACGAAGUGCGCAUGGAGGGCUACGAGGUUGAGCACGAUGGUCGGUGUAUCACGGUCUUCUCGGCCCCUAGGUACUGUGAUUCGACCGAGAACAAGGGCGCAUAUAUCAACAUCGGACCAGAACUCAAGCUCGACUAUGAGGUGUUUGAGGCUGUGCCGCAUCCUGACAUCAAGCCAAUGGCCUAUGCUCAGAACUCGAUUUUGUCGACGAUGUGA